CCGUUACCAUGGAGAUAAAAUACAUAUCCGGACGCUCUAAAACGAAAAAGACAGGUUCGAUAGCUAGCGUAACGACGCAACAAUAACGCCUGAGCUAAAGGAAAAUGGACUCAGAAUAUUUGAAAAGGGGUAUGGGAAAAUGUCUCAUAGAAGGAUUAGCCGAGGUGGCCGAGCUUCGCCCCAUGGACCCGAUCGAAUUUCUUGCACAGUGGAUUUACAAGUAUAAAGAAAACAUGGACAAUGAGGAGAGAAAAAAGGCCCUCCAGCAGCAACUGGAGCAGGAGCAGCAGAAAGCCAUAGAUGAGGCAGUGCACAUGAGGCAGAUGAAGGAGGAAGAAUAUAAAAUCACAGGGGAAGUCCCAGAAGAUCCCAAAGAAACAAAAGAAGUUGAGGAAAUACCUGCGACGCCUCCGCCAGCUCCAGUUUCAGAAAGGCCCAAGAAAUUAAACCCUCCAACGCUUGCUGCAGUGGAGGAGGGCGAUGAUGGGAUAUUUCAAGAGGACCCUACAAGGUCUGGUCAGAGUCAGACCACCGGGGUCAUAUCACCAGGAGUCAUGGAGAAUGAGCCGUUGAAAUCAGAAGUAUCCACCACCUCCAACUCUGAAAAUGAGCAGGUCACUGAAGAAGUUCAAGACAAAGAUAACACCAAACAGGAGGUGACUGAUCAACCUGAAACUAGUGAACCUGAUGAAUGUACACAAAUAGAGGUAGAGUCAACCUCAGCACCAGAGAAUGAUGAGGGGGGACAAACUGAGGAUCCACAAGACAAACAUAAACCUCUUCAUCAAGACCAAAAUAAGGUGACUGAUGAACCUGAUAAACCUGAAACUAGUGAACCUGCUGAUUCUACACAAGUAGAGCCAACCUCUGGACCAGAGAAUGAUGAUGUCAAACCAGAUGAGACUAUGUCUGAGGAGGGACAGGAACAUAAGGACCAAGAGAAGGAGACCGAUAACCCUGUCCCAAGUGACACUAUUGAUCACACACAAGAAGGGGCAGCCUCAGAGAGUGAUGAUGUCAGACCCGAUGUGACGCAAUCUGAGGAGGGAGCGGAGAUGUCACAGGGGGCACUUGAACAUACUACUCCUGAUGACCAAGCCAAGGAGAAGGAGGAAGAUGAGGAAGAGGAGGACAACUAAGAUGUGGAAUGAUAAUUUUCCUACAUUAUCUGGACGAAGACGUUAGUUCAAAUGCAAUGAUAACCUAAAGAUCUAUAUGUUAUAACAUUCUACAUCUUAUAAAUCAGUAGAGAAGCUCGACUGACGCCUAAUGAAAUGCAUGAUGUCCCCAAGAGGGAGAUACAUAUGUCAAUUUAACAAAAUGUCUAUUCAGUUUGCUUUUAAUAAAUUUGUGUAAAGUUGUG